CAGUUCUCAAUUCGUGCCGCCGCAGUUUUCUGUUAUUUAUCUAAGUAACUAUAAAUGUAAAUUAAUUUCACAGUAAUUGUGUGUGUUUAUAUGGUGCGUAUUUGUUAAAAUAUAAAUAAUGGAAACUAUCACAUGAUAUAAAGCUUCACUUUAUUGUAUUAUUAAUUGUGAAAAUGCCUCCUGUGAAUUCUAAAGGAAAAAAGAACGGCACCGAAUAUGAGAAUAUAAUAACCACUAAAUGUACAGCAUUGGAUUUCGAACGGUAUAUACAAGAAAACAAAACAUUAUUACUCAAUGAUCCAUUGAGAGACAUACUACUUUAUCCAUCUGAUGAUGUUUCAAGUGUAGUAUUGCCCCGAAGAUGGAGGACAGUAACAACGGCUGUUCCAGACGUCAGAACGGCCGCAACUUGCCCUCUUCUCACAAGACAAGCCCUGCUCAGCUAUGCAUCUAGUUGGAAUCUAGUUCACUACAAAUACAGCAACUAUUCAGGCUCUUAUCUAAACUUGCCUAGACCCUUAGAUACCAAACUACCUGUGGAAGUGUAUGACAUAGAUACUGAAACAGAAGGUGAUCAUGAAGCUCAAAGUAAAAUUGAUAUCGGCACCAAAGAGGGUUACCUUCUCAAGGGACCUGAGAUCGGCUCAGAUAGGAUAUUCAGCAAUCUUGCCUCCAAAUCAUUUAAGAAACGGUACUGCUCAAUGGUAAGAGAAGCUGAUGGCACCUACAUACUUGAAGUAUACAAGGAUGAAAAGAAAACUGACACAAAGCUCACAAUUGUAAUGGAUUUCUGUUCUGAUGUUGUCCGAAACACCAAACGAGGAAGAUUCUGCUUCGAGUUGCGUAUGUCAGGAAAUAAAGGAUACACAUUUGCUACCGAAAACGAGGAUGAGAUGAAAGAUUGGAUAAAUGCUUUCACGGCGGCUCUCAAGAAAAAUCAAGAGCAAGACAAUCAUCCCAACGACGAAGUAUUAGAUAAAGAUGCAGAUAUAUCCUUAACUGCCGAACCUCCUCCCCCAACUUACGGCACUUUAAAAGGUCUAGAGCACAGUAUGAAUCCUUUACUCAUGCGUUAUUCGAGGGAGACUGAUUUGUCCAUAGCAGCAGCUCGUAAUGAGUGUCGUUCGAAUAUUUUUAAUCUUCCGUACAAAAGAGCACCUUCUCCCGAACCUCAGUUAGAACCGUUCAAGGAACAUUUUGGCCAAAGAAUAUUGCUCAAAUGCGAGAGUCUAAAGUUUAGGUUACAAGCGCCCAUAGAUGGUGAUAAGGAAUUGCUAUGUCAAGUGGAGCCGUAUUACACGUAUCUGGCGUUGUACGACGCCCGAAGCGGCAGAAAAGUGACGGAAAACUUUCACUUUGACCUCAACCACGCCGCCGUGAAGGAUCUAGUCAAUGAAAACGAGUGCACAAAGUCAUUAGUUGAGAAUUUUAGCUACGAUGUUAAGUUAGAUAUUAAACAGAUAUCGGAUGAAUGGUUUAAGUCAAAGAAACAGGUUGUUUUAUCAGUAAACAAUCCACAUCCUGAUCUGUUUCUGGUGGUGAAAAUAGAUAAAAUCUUACAAGGCCAUGUUAGUCAAGUAAUGGAGCCAUAUCUCAAAGCGACAAAGGAUCCUCGACUGGGGCUUAAAGUGCACAAAAAUGUUCAAGCGUAUGCAAAUCGCGUGGGAAAUUAUAGAAUGCCAUUUGCUUGGGCUGCGAAGCCUUUAUUUAGAUUAUACAGUAAUGACUUAGAUACAACGCCAGAAUUUCCAGCAAUAUAUCGGCAGGAACCGAACAAAAUGUCAGAUGACGAUCUAUUGAAAAUUCUGCUGGAAUAUCGAAAGCCUGAGAAACUAGCGAAAUUAACUGUGAUACCUGGAUGGCUCUCAAUUAAUAUACAACAGAGUAACGAACAAAUACCCAAUUGUAUGACGAGUUCAUACGCAGCAUUGAAACCGUUCCCACUUCCGCCUACAUCGCCGCUCACGUUAGAACUGGCGACUUUCAAUCUAGAACCAGAGCAGCCAUAUGCGGCGUUCAUCCAUCAUCUGUAUGUUCGACCACUAUCGUUAAACUUUGAAUCGCAGAAGGUGUUUGUGAGAGCAAGGAAUAUUGCCUGCACGAUUGAAUUGAAAGAUAAUGAUACAGGAGACGUUAGGCCUUUGCAGGUUAUACACGGGCGGCUCGGUAUGACAAAUCAGUACAAAUGUUCAGUUCUUCACCACAACGCUAACCCCACGUGGUGCGACGAAGCUAAAAUACGACUUCCCACUACUAUAACGAAUCAGCACCAUUUACUAUUCACCUUUCAUCAUAUAUCCUGCGAUCUUGCCAAGAAGAAUGAUACAAAUGUUGAGACUUGUAUUGGAUAUGCCUGGGUACCAUUAUUAAAAAAUGAUAAAUUCAUAGAUGAAUUUAUUAAUCUGCCUAUCGCUACACACUUGCCAUCCGGAUAUUUAUCUAUUCAACCACUGGGACUUGGAAAGGGGAACACCGGCCCCGAAGUUGUAUGGGUGGAAGGUGAGAAGCAACUCUUCCGUUGCCAACUAGUCCUCGAUUCCACUGUGGGAACACGAGAUCAACACUUGCACAAUCUGUUCAGUGCUAUCGAGAAGCUAAUGAAGACUGCCUCCCCUCCCACCAGCCCGUCCCCCCCUCCUUGGAAUGACGUCACCAAUGCGUUGAAAGCGGCUCACGCCAUACAGCUCAGCUCACUUGUGGCUUUCUUGCCUACAAUACUUAAUCAGCUGUUCGACCUUAUGACGGUAGAUAAAGGAUACAACCACGACAUGGGAUAUCAAGUAGUAAAGUUGAUCGUUCAAUUUGUACAUAUGAUACAUGAAUAUGGACGAAAGGACUUACUGGAUAGCUACAUAAAGUACGUAUUUAAUUGCGUCGAGUUUAAGUUACACACAGUGCUCACAGCGCCGCUUCAUAUGUUUGUGGAACCGUCGCAACAAGACUUUCUACUGGGCCACAAGUUCAUGCAGUAUUCUGGCUUCUUUUUCGAUAUUAUCGUUAAGAGCAUGGUGCAAUAUUUGAUCAAUACUGGACGUAUUAAGAUGUCUAGGCACGAACGUUUUCAUACGGAUUUGUUAGACAACAUCGAUAAAUUAGUGAGUACGGUGGAGCCGGCGUACAUACUACAGCAGCCAAUGCAAACACACAUAUUUAAUAAGAACUUAGCACUAUUUCUCAAGUCGUGUCUUUCAUUCAUGGAUCGUGGUUUUGUGUUCCGACAAAUAAAGAAAUAUCUAGAGAAGUUCAAAGCGUGCGAUCCGAAAGCUUUAUUCGAUUUCAAGUUCACGUUUCUACAGACAAUCUGCUCGCAUGAGCAUUAUGUGCCAUUCAAUUUGCCUCUACCCGCUAAUAAAAUUGCGAAAGACUGUGAUGAAGAACCAGCAAAGUUAAAGUUGACGGAAGAUUUCAUCAUGAGACAUUUUCUGGCUGGAAUUCUAUUGAAACAGGUGGAGCAAUCACUACGUGAGGCGCCGCAGAAGCGUCGCGUGGCUCUGUGCGUGCUGCGCGCGCUGCUCACGAAGCACGAGCACGACGACCGCUACCGAACGCGGCAGGCCCGCGCGAGGCUCGCUCAGCUGUACGCUCCUUGGCUUUCGGUUGUACUCGAUAAUGGCCAUCGCCUGGUCACCAAAAUUCUUGCGAGCCCCGUUUUAGAAAAUGGCCAUGACAAAAUCGACGGCGAUGCGACCACGAAUCCCAUAAUCAGCAACGUUCAGAAAGAGAUCGCCUCGGCCAAUAGCACUCCGAGAAGAAAUCGAUUAACAUUACACUUUGAACAUACGCCCACCAGGAAUUCGGGUCACUUUAAGGAACCACCGAAUAUAUCCAACAAUAUGUAUGGAAAAGAUAACGCAAACAAUAUGUCGCAUAGCUCUCUAGAGUCCGUGUCCACAAUGUCGGGAGGAGAUUCGCUUCCGAGAAAUGCUCGAUUAGAUUUGAGCGAAAUUGGUGAUCAAGUUAACAGAUUUGGUGUGAUGUCCGCGGAGGAGGUUCGGGAUGUGCUUUUGUGUUUCUUGUUUGUGUUGAAAUAUUUGGACGAGGAAAGGCUCGUUGAGUGGUGGAAAACACAUUCGCCGGCUCAGCAGCAAUCGUUCUUUAAUGUUUUGGAAAUAUGCGCCGAACAAUUUCAAUACGUUGGCAAAAAGAAGAUACUGUCAGAGUUAAAGGUGACAACGCCAGAGUGCACAGACAAACUGAAGCCCGCAAAAGCCAGGACAUUACCCGCAAGGAUGAGUCCACCAGACUUCUCCAAAGAACCGCCCAUUAUUGUGGAGAAGAACAACACUGUGAAUAGAGAGAAUCUCGUUAACACGUCAGCCCCCACAGAACUGGAAGCGAUGUCGGAACAUGCAGUAUUAUCAGCCGGUUGUCUUGCAACGGAAGUAGGACUCACAAUAAUCGACCGUUCUUGUCUCUUCAUGAAGAACAUGGGAGCAGCAGAGGGGAUAGCGGCUAAGCCCUAUUUGAAGUUGUUGCAGUUACCACAGAGUGAAACGCUGUAUAAACAUUUGUUUGCAGCUCUAAGGGCGUACAUCAAUCAAUUUUCCGAGACACUUUUUGAAGGUGGUAGUGCAUUAUGCGCGGGCAUAGUGGGUGCAGUUGUGAAACUGUGCGAGGCUCGUGCGGCCUGGCUUCGACGGGAGGCUGCGGCUGCACUAUACUUGCUGAUGAGAGCUAAUUUCCAACAUGCUACUGGAGGCAACCUCACCAGGGUGCAUCUGCAGGUCAUAAUCGCCGUGUCGAAACUUCUGGAUAAUUCAACAGCAUUGAACUGCAAACGUUUUCAAGAAUCACUAUCGGUUAUCAAUUGCUUCGCUACGGGAGACAAAGCAAUGAAGGGGACCGGUCUUUCAAGCGAAGUGGCAGAACUAAUGCGGCGCGUGCGCACCGUAGUGGGCGCGCGGGCAAGACUCGCUGGAGCCGCGGGUGGCGGCACCGGUGCAGGCAGCAUCCAGCUAUCGGAAUUGCAGUUCGCGCUGGCGGCGUCGUGCCGCGCCACGCCGCGGCUGCGGCACGCGUGGCUCGCCACGCUCGCCGAUCUGCACUCCAGGAAUGCGGACCACGACGAGGCGAUGUGUUGCCAGCUGCACAUAGCCGCGCUGAUAGCCGAAUAUUUAAAGCUACGCGGUGCGCAAUCGUGGGGCGCUGAUGCGUUCGCUGAUAUAUCUAAAAACAUUCCGAAUGAUGAAACAGGUCUCAAGAUCGAUGAAGGUAUGACCGACAUUCACUACAACGAACAAGCCCUGCUCGAUCAACUGAUGCUGUGUACAGAAUACGUUGAUAAGGCUGAAAGAUAUGAAUUGCUCGGGCCACUAUACCGCCUCGUUAUACCGAUAUACGAACGAAGAAAGGAUUAUCAGGCGCUCCUUGCGUGCUAUCAACAUCUGACCAAGGCCUACGCGAAAGUCAUUGAAGUGACGAAUUCGGGGAAACGUCUCUUGGGCAGAUUCUAUCGCGUCGCGUUCUUCGGGAAGGCCCACUUUGGCGAAGAUGAAGAGGGCGUCGAGUUCAUUUACAAGGAACCCAAACUGACGUCACUCAGCGAGAUUUCGGAGAAGCUCCAACAAUUCUACGAGCAAAAAUUUGGCGCCGGCAGCGUUAAGAUGAUCAUGGAUUCAGCACCGGUGAAGAGAGACGAGCUGGACAGCAGGAUCGCGUACAUCCAAGUGACGUGGGUGCGCGCGGAGGGCGCGGGCGCGGGCGCGGGCGCGAACGAGAACACGUUCGAGCGCGCGCACAACGCGCGCCGCUUCGUGUUCGAGACGCCGUUCACGCGGGACGGCGCCGCGCGCGGGCCCGUGCACCACCAGUGGCUGCGGCUCACGCACCUCACCGCGGAGAACUGGUUCCCGUACGUGAAGCGGCGCAUACCAGUCAGCGAGUGCCGCGUGGAGGAGCGCAGCCCCAUAGAGGUGGCCGUCGCCGAGAUGGAGUCGCAGGUGGCCGAGCUCGGCGAGAUCGUACACGCCAAGGCGCCGGAUGUUAAGAGACUGCAGCUCAGACUGCAAGGCAGCGUGUGCGUGCAAGUGAACGCGGGGCCCAUAGCGUACGCGAACGCGUUCCUCGACGCGGCGCUCGCGCACAUGUACCCGGACGAGCUGGUCGACAAACUGAAGGCGAUCUUCAGAGAGUUCCUAACGGUCUGCCACGCGGCGCUACAACUGAACGCCAAGCUCAUCAGCUCAGACCAGGUGUCCUACCAAGAAGCACUAGAAGCUAACUACUACAAGCUCAGCGACUCACUGUCCACCUUCCUUGGUCAGCCGCUGCACGAUAUACUGGUCAAUGGAAACCUCAGUACCACCGUCACCGGUGUCGAGUUGGAUUGUAGUAACGCUUGAAUAAAGCGAAGACGCGUAGAUGAAAUGGGGUCAGCGAUAAAAUAUCGUGUACGAUAUGUCGUAACGAUAUCGUGAAAACAAAUACGAUUUGUGGAUAGUGGGUGGGUUUACCUGAGGGUGAUUCAUUAUUUAUGGUUAGUAAAUUUCGAAAAAUAUCGUAUUUGCGAUAUUACCAAUUUAUUUAAAAAUAUGUAUCUUGAAUACACCGUAUAGUCAUUCAUUAUUUCUCGCGUGGAAUAAUUUAUAAAACGUCCGCCAUCAAUAAAUAUUUUAAAUUUCACAAAUUCUUGCCUAUGUAGAUUGUUAAAUUAGAUACUUUCACGCGCAAAUACGAGUCAUGACAUUAAAUGCUCUAAAAAUAGCCACAACCCAAUUAACAAAAGAAACAUCGACAAAUAAUCACGAUUUAUACUAACAGUUGGUUUGAAAACUACAUAAUUCACACAAUACGCGACAUUGGUCAUCAUUUAAAAUCUUAAAUCACGUGCUGAUGACGUUUCAGUCUUAGAUUUUAGUAUUCUAUAAUGAUGCGGCUUUUCUAUAUUUAGUUCGUAUAGAAUAACUCACGCAAACUAUAAUAAUGCGACUAGCACACUAGUUGGACGAUAAAAUGGCUUAUUUAUUAUUAUAUGAAGUACUUUUUAUUACUCUCUAUGAUUUUAUUAUACUAUACGACAAUAAUAUUGUCAUCAACAUUAUAUAAUGUGUAAUGUAGUCAAUAAUAAUAAAAAGGUGGCUAUAAAAAUGUUCCACAUGUAUUAAUCUCUUCGAUCCGCGUUCAAAAAACGAAUGUUUCCAAUUUGACUGAUGAUUUUUUUUUAUUAUUUGUAACUCGAUAACGCCGUUGGUUUUGAAUUUGUGUGAUUCUUUUUGUGUUUCAUAUUUUUGUUCGUCGUCGGCGACCUUUUUUUUGUAGAAAAUAAUUAUUCUAGACCAUCUCUUGGUAAUGUUUAAAUAAGAAAAAAAAUCUCAAUGUUUUUCGCUUGAAUCAUCUUUAACUAUUUUUAAAAUAUUUAGCGUCGUGGUAGGAAGGUACUUAAUUAUAAUAUUAUACCUUAAAUAUAUUAACCAAAGAUCAAUUUUAAUACCUUCGCAAUGACACUAAGGUUAAUUAAAUAUUCGUUUUAAUAACUGAAUCUUAUAAAAAUCUCAAAAUUUAUUUGUCCCAAAGUUACGCACAAAUAAAAAAAUAAACAAUUAUAAUCACAAUUUAAGGGACAAUGUAGUCAUUAAAAAAAUCGUUAAAAAUCGAAAUGCCAUUUUUAUAAUAUUAAAGCAAUAAUAUUUUGUUAUUCUUAUUUCCUUUACUAUACCUAGAAUUGUAAUGUAAUUAAGUUUUUUUUUUCAAGACACUUAUUAAAAUUAAUAUGAAAGCACCUGCAUGACAAAUAUUAGCGUAAUAUAAUAUUUAUAAAUCCUUUUUCUAAAGUUACAAAAAACAAAUUAUCUAUAGCCCUGGUAACAAAGACAAAAGAAAGUCAAUUAAAUUUGUUAAUUUGAACUACACGAAACGUCCAUAGUACUGCCGAAUAGAACAAUAAUAUAUUAAUUAACAAUUUACCCAAAAGCAUCGAUUUCUUACCAACACUUUGCACUCGAAUUCCAUUUGAUACUCUUUACUGUAUUUAAUAGCAAUAUUGCAAUUCUAUAAGCUAGUUAUAUACCAUUGUACUUAACGGAAGUAAGUAGUAAACAAUCUCAAACAUUUAAACGUAGAUAACUUAAGACAUAUUUAUGAUUAAAAACGUAGUCUAACAUGAUACCAUGAAAGUAAAUUUUGCUCAUAAUUGAACGAUAAAAAUCGUUCUCAUGAAAACAUUUUGUUACUAAAAUGUACAAUAAACCAAUUAAGAAAACUAUUAUGAAAUAAAAAAAUAUAUAUAUUUAUGUAUUAUUUGCGUAUAAAAACUUAAUUGAAAUAGCUCUUCGAACAAACUGAGUAUAUUUCAAUGUAAUAAGACCCAAAUACAUAAUAAGUUUCAAAUGUUUUUUUUUUUACAUUUUUUAUAAUAUAAUUAAAAAUACAGUCUUUAUAGUUCUUUAGUAGUGAUUAAUAAAUUAUUAAGUACGUAAAAAAUAUUAAUUAUGAAAAAAAUUAAAAUAUUAGUUGAAUCUGUCUUUCUUUUUUUAAAAUCUUAUACACGUAAAUUUAUAUUAUAACGCGUGUUACGAGUAUGGGCACAAAUUCUGUCACAGACGCUCUAUAAUAGUUGUCGCUGCAUAUAACGUUAAUAUAAUUUGAAUAGUUCAUACAUGAGACACCAUGUAUGGGGACAUAUUGUCGAUUAAAAUUCAAUUUGUAAUAACCGUUGUUAUCUUACAUUUUUGUGCAAUUACUCUAUUAACUUACAUUUUCUUUCAAUAUAUAUUUAUUUAUAAAUACAUAAAGCACAAACUACAUAGUAGUGUUUAAUGAAUGCAUGUAUCCGUCGUACAUGACGUAAAUAUAAUCUAGAUUUUAUGUAAGAAUUCGGUUAUAACAAAACAUGGCUGUAUCCAGCGAGGAGGGUAUUCACCGCCCCACACUUUAAAAAUAUACAUUUACUGAAAUAAAAUGGCAAUUUUUUAGUCGUAUUGGAAUGUAGGUCAUUUAAGUACGAAUGAUGAAUAUUAAAUGUAAACUUAAUAUUUAUGAAACAUGCUAUUUUAUGUUGAGUUACAUAAAAUGUCUCAGGAAUCUUACAUUUAUAAAUCGAUCGAGAUGUCCAAUUUGUACACAUGUAACGCUCAAAACAAAAGAAGAAAAGAGUUCAUAACGCGUUGUGGUCAUAGUCAAAAGAGCCGCAACGCGAAUUUACUUUUUCAGCGUAUUCUUAUUUGUCGACAGUUUAACAUUAUUUCUAUAGGAUAAAUAACACCUUGAAUUUUAACAACUAUCAAUCAAGAUUAGGAGUAGGUUUUAAUUUAAAAGAGUGUUAUGGUUACCUAAUCAAUGUUAACACGUCGUGGCGUUUCUUCAUUGCCACAAUGCGUUGUGAGUUUACAAACGCCACAACACGAAAUUUGCGUUGUGGCUUUUUGAUUAUGACCGCAACACGUUUUCAAUAUGUCUUUGAGAGUAACAUGUAUAAAACUCAACUGCUUCUUAAUUUUUGUAUUUGUGCAGGUAUUACUUUGUACUAAGUAUUACGCUUUAAAUUCAUUAUAUAACCUAAUUUAUUUCGUUUUUAAUAUUAUCAUAUAGGAUACGUCAUAUUAUAACAAUUUCAUUCCAGUUAUGUUUUGUUAUUUUAACGUUUCGUUUCAGAUAUUUUGUUUGAAUAAGUUUAGUUGUACUACUUUGUAUUAUGAAAUGUGUAUAAUAUUUUUUCUUAAGGAACUGUAUGUAGGACGGUGUUAUUGGAAAAUUAAUUAAUAUUACCUCUGCAUUUGAAAAAUAUUUUUACUACAAAUUGGGUUCUAAUUGGUGUUAUGUUAUUUUUUUUCUAUGUUGUUAUGCCAUAAAGUAUUUAAGGUAAAUCAUAUAUAACCUUUAAAUAAUAGUUAUUAUUGUCUUAUUUAAAUAUGAAGCAUUAGGUAGGAACUUGUAUGCACAAAGCAUUGAUCAAAACUCGGAUAAUUUACUAUCAUAAUCGUAUUUAUGCUGUUUUAAUACAUUUAUAAUAACGAUAUA